AUGUCUUCAUCUAAGCAGGAGGAGCAACUGGCUCAGGAGUUGAGCUGCCCAAUCUGCCUCCAGCUCUUCUGCGAUCCGGUGGUCCUCCCCUGUGGGCACAACUACUGCCGGGCCUGCAUCUACAAGAACUCCGACACCGUGGACAUCAUGGGCAAAGCGCCUCCACGAUGUCCGGAGUGCCGCGAGGAGUACCACAGCGUGGAGUCCCUGCAGAAGAACUUCAAGCUGUGCAACAUCAUCGAGGGCUACCGCGCCACGGCGCCCAAACCGGACGCGGAGCCCCCGGCUGACCCCGAGGAGCCGGCGGUCUUCUGCGACUACUGCAUAGAGAACAAGAGCCGGGCGGUCAAGAGCUGCCUGAAGUGCGAGGUGACCCUCUGCCCCCGGCACCUGCAGAGGCACCACGAGAAGGAGUCCUUCAGGGCCCACACUUUGGUGGACCCCCUGAAAGAGGUGGCCAUCAAGGGCUGCCCCGUCCACCAGCGUCCCCUGGAGUACUUCUGCUCCCACGACAUGACCUCCCUGUGCGCCACGUGCUUCGUGGAGGGCUAUCACCAGAACCACGACGUGCUCACCUUCAGCGUGGCCGAGGAGGAGAUGCGCCGGGCCCUGGAGACCCGCCACAAGGUGAGCACGUCGUGGUUCUGGUGA